UCUAGUAGCAAGUAGGUGAAUAGACGAAUAGUUCGGAGCCGUAUCGCAUUCCGCCAACAACGUAUUCUUUGCGUUGAGCAACACACUAGUUCCGAAACACAAGUGAUCGGGCCGUUGAAUCCAAAAUUCAAUUCAUAACAUUUCCGAUUCUCUCUCAUCGGAAAACAAACACAAUCACACUUUCAGAGGAGAGAGAAAGAGAGAGAAGCUUCGACCUUCAAGAAGCCCGUCAAUGGCGGGCAACGCCGAUGAUGAUGAUGCUGCUCCUCUCAUUAUGUCGCCGCCAUCUCCCAUUCUUCCUUCGGCCGCGAUCGACAUUGAAGCUGGUCCUUCUGAACAAAUUCAAUGCCGUAUUUGUCUCGAAACUGACGGUCGAGACUUUAUUACUCCAUGUAAGUGCAAGGGUACAUCAAAAUAUGUACACCGAGAAUGCUUGGAUCAAUGGCGAGCUGUGAAGGAAGGGUUUGCAUUUGCCCAUUGCACUACUUGCAAGGCUCCUUAUUACUUAAGGGUUCAUGCUCUUGCUGACCGAAAAUGGCGGACCUUGAAAUUUCGGUUUUUCGUGACAAGAGAUAUUCUGUUUAUAUUUCUAGCCGUUCAGCUUGUAAUUGCUUCACUGGCAUAUAUAGUAUAUAUGAUUGAUGGCUAUCAAGAUUUUUGGCUACAGCUUUAUUGGGGCUUUGAUAAACAUUUCAGCUUUUACUACAUUUGUGGUGCACUUUUGUUUUUUGCUUUGCUUGGUUUGUCGGGUUGUUUCAUAACUUGUUAUGACAGAAGGGUGCGGAAUGAUCUGGCACAACCUUGUAGAGAACUUUGUCUUUGUUGCUGCCAUCCAGGAUUAUGCGCGGACUGCCAUUUACCUGGAACACUUUGUAUGUGGACCGAUUGCACUGCAUGCUGCCAAGGCUGUGCCAGUUCAAUUGGUGAGUGUGGGAGCUGUUUGGGAGGUGCUGGAGAAGCCGGAUUACCGUUGUUGUUUAUAAUGGCUCUGAUUGUAUUGGGAUUGUUCACGGUGAUUGGGAUAUUCUAUAGUGUACUUGUUGCCACUAUGGUUGGGCAAAGAAUUUGGCAACGACACUAUCACAUUCUUGCUAAAAGGAUGCUUACAAAGGAGUAUGUAGUUGAAGAUGUAGAUGGUGAGUUGCCAGGAUCUGAUUGGACUCCCCCACCUCUCCCACCAGAGCAUGUGCAGCAGCUUAAAUCUCUUGGGCUUUUGUAAGCUAAUUUAAGAGAAGCAGGUGGUCGAAUGAUCCUUUAUGGGAGCAAACUUUGGUGAUGGUUUUCGCCUGCUCUACUGUCUGUACAGGUAUAAUCUGUUUCCAUGCACAUACCGAGUUACCAAUAUGCAUUACAAAAUGAUAGAUUGUCAUCAUUUGGCACAUGAAAGUGCGAUAUGUUUUAUAGGAGAGCAUCUGGUUUGGAAAUACAAAUGUAAUGUCUUCUUUAUAAAACCAAACUGGCUCACCUUUGGGUCUUUUCUGAGGGGUUAACAGUUCAAGUCUUCUGGUUUUUGUUUCCCCCUUAUCUGAUGCUGACAACUCCUGUAGAUGUACAUGUAGUCUAUUAUUAACAACCAUUGUACAAGUAGAUUUUUCCAGCCAAACGAAAGGGAAAGUAGUGACUAGUGAAAUAUGCACUCAAGAUUUACCAAUAUUAUGUAUCGGAUAUUUUAUGUAUUGAAGAUUUGAAAUCAGUAACCUGCUUCAAUGAUUGCAUUU